AUUGAAAAAAAAGCAAUAAUUAUAACGCCUUUAGAUGUAUGUAUUAGGAGCUGUGUUAUAGUCGUAGUUAUACUUAUGUGUUGUGAUGAAUCUUGAUUCAACUUUGCGUUCGAGAUGAGACCAAGCGCAAAUGCGCUUCAAUUGUGUGUCGGAUGUUGCGCCGCGGAGCAGCAUCGUAAAAUGGAAACGUCAACGACGUUCGAGAAUUCUUUUACGAUCGUGCAUGGCUUUCGCAACCGUUACAAAUUAAAUGAUGGACACUGUUGAGCUGUGUUUUUCAUGUAUAAGUCUUUAACUUGAUGAUUUUGUAAGGGAGUUUGUCGGAAACUAGGAUGAAGCCAUCUAGCGAUCCAUUGUGGUACUUUGCGCACACGGUAUCGGUCUACGGGUGAGCUGACUUCUCGGAGAGAUUUGUAAUGGUGUUUUUUUUAUUCAAAUUUCGGUGUCGAUGAUUAUAAAAAUCAAAUUUUUGUUCAAAUACCCAAGCACCUAUAUUGACCGAAAAAAAUACCGUUUUUAAUUCUUGCAGUUUUUAUCUCUGUAAGGAUAGAAUUCCUUUGAAUUAUUUUUUAUUAAAGAUUUGGGUCUCAAAAAUGUUUUGUACAUACGAGUUUUUUGAUGACUCAAAAAAUUUUGCCGGCAAACACAAUUUGGAUCAUGUUUAUAAGAUUAUCGUCGGUUAGGAAUUGUCACCGAAAUUACUGUGUUCAGAGCAAGAUGGUUUUAAAGAACAUAAAUUUCGACGGAAAUGGAUAGAGUAUAUUAUCAAUUUUUUUAAUAGCUGGAAGAUGAUGAUCGAUGGCCAAGUUUUCAUUUAUGGAAAAAUGUGACGAGAUAUUUUUAGAGAAUUUGGAAAAUUGUACACAAAAAUUACAAUUUUCAUGAAAAAAACUUGAGCCAUUUUAAAUUUCGUGUGCAAAAGUGAUAAGCUUCAUUCUUUAUUUUCUCCUGAAUAGCUAGACCCAUAAAUGGGGUAUGAGGAAUUGAUUUAAAUUGUAAAUAAUCAUUCAUUAUUACGCAAACAAAGUGUAAAAAUAUGUUAUUCGUGAUGGUUGUACAAAAUUGUAAGAAAUUUUUUAGAAGUAUUUUUAAUAAUAAAAUCUAUACAAAAGUAUAAGGUUCAAUUAUUGCCAAAUAAUUUUGGGCACUGUGUUAAAUUGUAUUAACACACAAAUUAUCUCAAACGUUUCAAACGCCUGCAGAAAAUAAAAUACUCGAAAGAAAAAAAUAAGCCACAAGUAAAUAGCAACGGUAAGAAAUUGAAAAAACUCCUUUUAAAAAAAUGUUAAUUUAGUAUUGCGUUAACUUCGGCGUGCAUAAUGAAGUUUUACUUCAACAUUCUCUUCGACAAAUAUCAAUAAUUUUUUCCGUUAUCCAACAGGUAGAAAGUCGACAAAUCGAGGUAAUUAAGUUUUUUUCAAAAAGUCCAAAUUUUCCAAAAUUCUUCAGUUUCACGUUUAUUUCUGUGCGGUGCAAACCUACAGUGUUUAAUUUACAAAAAAACCGCAGCGACUCGUGUCCGAUUUUGACAGAAAAACACGACAGACAAAAAUCACCCAUAUACAUACAAGCGCGGCCACUUACAUAUAGGUAGCCGAGCCGUGGCUUCGUCUCAUUCGUCCGCGUUUCUUGCUGCUAAUACAUACGUAUAUAGUAGUACUUACUAUAUCUACGUACGUACGCUACUGCCUUAUCGUUUAACCAAUGCGAAAUUACACGCGGCACCGAACGCGGUGAUGUGGUCAAACGCGAGACUCUCUCUCUCUCUCUCUUUCUCGCAUCGUUUAAUGAAAUUUUUUUGCUGCGAGACAUCGAAGACGAUAUACGCGAUGCUUCAGUCAAGUGCAGCAGCUUGCGCGAAAGGCGGUGGUUGCCGCUGCUGAUUCUGCUGUGUACACGUGACACCGCACGCCAACUCUCCGCAGCUUAUAGCUAUAUUUGUAGUAGUAGUACACCUGACGGCGUAGAGUAGACGUAUGCAAAAAAAAAAAAGAAAACAGCGGCUAGUCGAGAGCGUCCCUGCGAGCAGAAAGACGCGGGUGCCCCCGGGGAAAGAAGAAUUGAAGCGCGUGGACAGCGGCAUGCGCUCCGCUAUUACACGUUUGGCAAAAUUAUUAUAACGGCCCGCCGCUAUCGAGUGUGCUUUUGACGCAGAUAAGAUAGUGCGGCGUAAGCCGAGGCAUUUUACUUGCGCGUGUAUGCGUCCAGUGCUUACACAACAUAUAUAUAGUUCAUUCGGUGCCGAAUAAGUCAUAAGUCAUGUUUAUUCAGGAGGAAAACUAGACAGUUAUACGCGUUUUCAUACGCUUCUAUAUCCUAUCUAUAAAUGUUGAGACUCUGCGGCGCACCAAGACGACGACGACGAUGUCCUGGAUCGCCAAGAACACCCUCAGCUGGCUUCAGUCGCUGGCCAUCAAAGUCCUCAGGAGCGGCAACGUGCCCAAGCACGUAGCCAUCAUCAUGGACGGCAACAGGAGGUACGCGAACAAGGCCGGCGUCAAGAAGAUCGAGGGUCACUCCCAAGGCUUCAACAAACUAGCAGAAGUUUUGCAAUGGUGCUUGGAAUUUGGCAUUCCAGAAGUCACUGUUUUUGCAUUUAGUAUAGAAAAUUUCAAAAGGAGUCAGGAGGAGGUGGACUGUUUGAUGAAUUUGGCCAGAGAAAAGUUUCAGAAGUUGUUGGACGAAAGGGAUAAACUGAUGGAACAUGGUAUUUGUGUAAGAGUCAUAGGUAAUUUAACACUGGUACCUCCUGAUGUUCUCUCGCUCAUGUUGGAAGCUAUGCGAACAACAAAAGAUAAUAAUAAAGCUAUUUUAAAUGUUGCUUUUUCAUAUACUUCUCACGAUGAAAUUGCAUGUACUGCAAGAGAUAUUGUAGAUAGUGUACAGAAAGGUGAAAUAAGUGUAGAUGAUAUAGACGAGAAUCUUGUUUCCAAGUGCCUUUACACGCACAAGUCUGAAGAUCCAGAUUUAUUAAUACGUUCCUCAGGAGAAACACGUUUUAGUGAUUUUCUUAUGUGGCAAACUAGCUUCACGUAUGUGUACUUUACUGAAACAUUGUGGCCAGAAUUUAGUGCAUGGGAUCUUAUUUAUGCAGUGUUUUAUUAUCAAAGGUGUUACAGUGAUAUAGUACAAGCCAAAAGUAAAUAUCAAAAUAAUACAGUGUUGAAUAAAAGAACUAAUGAAUUUGUUGAAAAAAUUCAUGAAAAAAGAAGCAUUGAACUAGAAGAAAAAUUGAAAGAUACAAAGUCACUUGGUUCUAAACCAGUAGCAAAGAGAGCCAAUGGAAUACACUAAAAAUAAUUGUAAUGAAAUUAAUAAUAUUGUUGGUGUCCAACUUUUGUGCAUAAAAUCAUAUUUUAAUGAUGAUGCUUGAGCUAGUUAUACUUUAUUUAGGGGAAAAAAUGUCUAGUGUAAGAAUUGUAAAAAAAUUUAUAAUGCUAAUGUUUUAUCAAAUUAUUUAUACAACACAAUAUAGUGUGUUUAUUAUUUUAGCUUUUAUAAUUGGUUUAUAUACAAAUUCUUUAUAUAAAGUGUAUCAAUACUGUUUAAAAAAAUAUUUAUCUUUUUUGUUGCAAAAAAUACAAUUGAUUUCAUAAUAAAUGUCAUAAUUAGUUUCUUAUUCUAACACUUGUUCUAGUGAAUCAUAACUAAGUUUAUACAAUCAUACUUAGCUAGAAUGAUUUCAAUAUUUAAAUAAAUAUUCAUGAUUGAAAUAGUCCUAAAAUUCUCGUGGUUCCCAGAAUGUUCUAUAAAAAGAUAAAAAUGUAAAAUAAAUUACAGAUUACUUUCAACAAACCA